AUGAACAUAUUUAGAUCAGUGGUUGAAAACCAUGAUCCUGUUAAUCCUAUAAAGUUCAAGAAUGAUCAAGGGGAUGUUAAGAUAAUGAGUGAAAUUAUUAAAGAUUCAGCACCUGAAUUAUUUAAGGGUUAUUCAUAUUGGAUUCAUCCAUUAUUAGCAUCAGGUCAUACUCAAACAGCUUUCACUGCAUUAAAUAAAUUUGAAAAAAUAGACCAAAUCUGGUAUAAAAGAGAGAUCAUUGAUGUUGAAGAUAAGACUUAUUCAUUUGAAGAAGAGAUCAGUGAAGGUAAUGUUAAACAAAUCAAUUUGAAAUAUGAUCAAUGGAAAGGUGAAAGUACUUUUGCUGUUGAUUAUGUAACCACAGAAGAUACCAAAGAUUUCAAUCAUUUCAAUUAUAAACCUUCACAUCAAUCAAACGAAUUACCUCGAAGAACACAAUAUAAGAAUCCAAAUAUUGAAAUAUUUCCUGAUGAUUCUAAACCUUUGUUGAUCGCCUUACACGGAUUAAGUGGAGGUUCUUUUGAAUCUUAUGUUAGAUCAUUAUUAACUGAAGUCACUAGUCCUGAAAUUGGCUUUGAUGCUUUAGUUAUAAAUUCUCGUGGUUGUGCUAAUCAUACUAUCACAUCACCUCAAUUAUUUUGUGGUUUAUGGACCAAUGAUUUGAGAUAUUUCAUUAAUGAACAUGUUAAGAAAAGAUGGCCUAAUAAGAAAAUCUUUUUAAUUGGAUUCUCAUUAGGAGGAUCUAUAGCUGCUAAUUAUGUUGGACAAGAAAAAGCCGGUAUUUAUAAAAACAUUAAAGGAGCUUUCAUUAUGGGAUCUCCUUGGGAUUUCUCAGAUAGUUCAUAUGUUUUGAGGGAAAGUUUAUUAGGGGAUAGAGUUUAUUCGCCGGUUAUGGGUCAAAAUCUUCUUAAAUUAUUGAACAUUCAUUGUAAAUCUGGUUUACAUACCAAUGAAUUAGCUCAAAGGUAUAUGGAAAACCCUUCAGAAUUCAAAAUCGAUCAUUUAAGGGAUUUUGAUGAUAGCUUCACUUGUAAAUUAUUUGGAUUCAAUACAUCAAUGGAAUAUUAUAGACAUGCAUCACCAUCCCAAAGAUUAAACAAAAUCCGAGUCCCUACAUUAAUUUUGAAUGCUUUAGAUGAUCCUGUGGUUGGGUCCAGAUCCAUUCCAGUAACUGAAUCUCCUUUAAAUCCCUUCACUUCAACUAUCACUACUUCUAAUGGUGGUCAUUUAGGUUGGUUCGAUUAUAAACACGAUAGAUGGUAUUCAAAACCUGUUGCUAAAUUAAUGAAGGAAUUAUCCAAAUACGAUGUUGACUCUUCAGGGGUUCCAUUACCUCUCGACAAUGAUAAGGUAUGGAAAUACGAUCGUUUAUAUUAUGGAUAA